CAAGGAUUCAACCCCACCUCCUGUCCCACAAAUACGCAGCAUCUUUCCCUGACUAUGCAGGUCGCACUCUCCAGAUACUCAUCUGUAUUAAUAAGUCGAUGAAAUAUUGGAGUUACGUCCAAAAUAGUCCCGCAAAGCCGAAGUCUUAAUUAGUCAAAAGCUUAGAUUUAUUGAAAAGAUGUCUCUCGUAAGUCUCAAGCAUCAUAGUCAUACCCACGCACUAGCCAUGCUUAUCCCAAUGAUAUUACUAGUAUUUUAUAAUAAUCCCCUCAUGAAUCAACUUCCCAUAAAGCUAGAGUUCUCAAUGCCAAGCACUCUUUCGGCUUUCCCAAGAAUCAUAAAGACUAUGGGAUCAAUGAGGGAUUAGCCAGACAAUGCAAAGCUUAUGAAAGCUUCCUCCUUUGCUUUAAUUGGCUUUGUUUUAUGCCCAGACAGAGUGAGCUUGACGUGAAUCGCUUUAAUUACUUCCUCCCACUGGUCCCCUUCUCCCCUUCUCCUUCCUAAAUAUAAAUUCAUCUCUUUCCAUUCUCUUCAUGCAGCCUCGUUUCAAUGCCUGAAUCAGAGAAUUUUCUGCUUUUUCUCUUGUUCUUCUCCUUCUUCUUCGUCACUUCCCCAUUGGUUCACUGUCGGAGCAUACCACAGAGCUCAAAGACCACUGUGCUUCAUGUCGCUUCAUCCAUUCGAAAUGCCCAGAAAAUUUUCUCCACUACCCGACCAGCUUCUCUGAACCAGCAGCAACUGAGGUCUUCUCCUUCAUCUUCCCUCACACUGCAGCUGCAUUCUCGAGCUUCACUUCAUAAACCUUCACAUGGAGAUUACAAAUCUCUCACUCUGGCUCGUCUCGAGCGCGAUUCAGCCCGAGUUAGAUCCUUGGUGACCCGUUUAGAUCUAGCCUUGAAACGCAUUACUCCAUCAGAUCUUCACCCAGCCGCCGGAGAAAACAGGUUCAUGUUUGGAGCAGAGGAAAUGCAAGGUCCUAUCGUCUCUGGAACCAGUCAAGGAAGCGGCGAGUACUUCACCCGAGUCGGAAUUGGCAAGCCGCCGAGUCAAGCUUACAUGGUCCUCGACACCGGCAGCGACGUAAGCUGGAUUCAGUGUGCGCCGUGUGCCGAUUGUUAUCAACAAGCCGACCCCAUAUUCGACCCGGCUACCUCGGCUUCCUAUUCGCCGCUCACUUGUGAAAGCCCCCGAUGCAAAUCACUAGAUUUAUCAGAGUGCCGGAAUAACACAUGCCUCUACGAGGUGUCCUACGGUGACGGAUCCUACACAGUCGGUGACUUCGCGACGGAGACUAUAACCAUCGGCUCGUCUUCGGUUAGAGAUAUUGCCAUUGGCUGCGGCCAUAACAACGAGGGAUUGUUCGUCGGCGCAGCCGGCUUGCUCGGUCUCGGUGGCGGCUCGUUGUCUUUCCCGUCUCAGCUCAAUACAACGUUCUUCUCAUACUGCCUUGUGGACCGCGAUUCUGAUUCGACUUCGACCCUUGAGUUUGACUCACCGUUGCCUCCUAACGCCGUUACUGCUCCGAUACACCGUAAUAGGGAACUAGACACCUUCUACUAUCUUGGUCUAACAGGAAUCAGCGUCGGAGGUCAGAUGCUUCAGAUUCCGGCGUCGAGGUUUCUCGUGGAUGCCACAGGGAACGGCGGCAUUAUUGUGGAUUCCGGCACGGCGGUGACGCGGUUGCAGACUGACGUGUACAACUCGCUCCGCGACUCGUUCGUGAAGGGAACCCGAGGUCUGCCACCGGCGAAGGGCGUGGCGUUGUUUGACACGUGUUACAACCUUUCUUCGAAGACGAGCGUGGAGGUCCCAACGGUGUCGUUUCACUUCCCGGAGGGCAAGGAGUUACCGUUACCGGCCAAGAACUACUUGAUACCGGUUGACUCAGACGGCACGUUUUGCUUGGGGUUCGCGCCUACGACUUCGACAUUAUCAAUCAUAGGCAACGUUCAACAGCAAGGGACACGUGUCGGUUUCGACCUUAAGAACUCCCUCGUUGGAUUCUCUGCCAACAGCUGCUAAAUAGGAGCUUUUAGCUUCGUCUCAUAGCAUUAAUUGCUAUAUACUGUUUUACCCUCGCAGUUAAAAGUCAAGCUUUUGUGUGUGUGUGUGGGGCCCCAUUCGGAUAAAGUUGUAAUGCGGUGGGACCAACUCAAUGGCGCGAUAAAAUGUAACGCAGGGGCGGUUUGUUGGUUGGCUCGAGCUUGUGCUUGUGGUACAACCAUCACGACAAUUGUAAGAAACCUUAAAACUAUAUCUCUGAAAUUGCUAAAUUAGUGAUUAUUAUU